UUGUCACCUCCUCAUUCCAGGGCGCCCUCCUCUGAGCUGUCUGCUCUGAUUGAGAAGCUGCAGAAGAAUGCUGACAAGGUGGAGAAGCUCAUCCUUGAGACGGAGCAGAACCUCAACAAGGAUGUGAGUAAGAUCAACGAGGGCAAGCAGCCUCUGUACCAGGACGACACCAACAAUUCCAGUCGCUGCACUAACGAGCUGUACUGGAUGGACCAGCAGGCAGGGGAGAGGAUUCAAUAUGACUGGAGCGAUACUAACCUGGACUACCCUGCACGUCACAGACAGUAUGAGAACUUCAUCAGUAAGUGUCUGGAGUCCAAGGGCACUGUUACCAAGCUGAAUGAUGAUGGAGAUAAACUCAUCGCUUCCAACCAUCCUGGCAAGAAUGUUAUUGAGGCUCAAAUGGAGGCUGUGCAUGCAGACUGGAAGGAGUACCUGAACCUGCUCAUCUGUGAGGAACACCUGAAACACAUGGACGAGUACCACAAGUUCCACAAAGAGGCCCGGGACACCCAGGACCUUCUGAAGAGAAUGGACAAAGAGGUGGACCAGAAGUACAAACCAGAGUAGGACAUGUACCAGAUGGAGAGCCUCAUCAGAGACCUGGACGACCAGGCGAAGGCCAUGGACCACUUUGAUGAGCGUGUGAAGGCUCUGGAGAAGCGCAGUCUACAGGUUCUCCCCCCUCAGUUCCGCAACACCCCUCAGAAGCUGCUCCCCGUCGAGGCGCUGUGUGAGUUCGACACUGACGAGGGUCAGAUCCUGCGUGGAGAGAGGUACACCCUCCUGAGUAACAAGGGCCCAAGUGGGAGUGAGGACGCGGCCGGGCGUAAACUGACGGCUCCAGGGCCUGCUUCAUGGUCCCCCCACAACCCAGAGUCUGUCGCCGUCUCCAACGGUCUGGCCAGCCAGCAGAAGGGUAUUAAGAUGAAGGUGUCUGGCAGUAAGACCACCCUGGUCAAACGCCUGGAGGAACUGAAGAAAGACGGCUCCGCUGGCUCUGACAAGGAGGAGCAGCAGUGUCGCCAGCUGAUGGCCGGUCUGGACAAGGUGACCAGUGAUCUGGACAAACAGGAGAAGGCCAUCUACUCUCGAGUACGCCCCCCGCUGGAGCAGACCAGGCCACUGCAGGACAGCGCUGACCGKCUGCAGGACGUCAAGGACAUUGCGGCCGUGGUUCGUAAGAUCGAGCCGGAGAAGUCGUCCAAGGUGAAGGAGGCUGAGAAGUUCCUGACCUCUAACCCUAAAUGUGCCAGCGCCCCUCAGCUGAACGGCAAGGUGAACGAGGCCAACAACAAAUACGACAAGAUCAACCUGCUGCUCAAGUGCUCAGAGGACAAGCUUCAGAAUUCCAACCGCCUGGAGAACUCCCUUCAAAACGGGAAAUCUUUAUUGUCCAGCUACGAGAACAAGCUGGUCAGGGAGGAAGUCGCCCCCGCAGACAUCUCGUCUCUGGAGAAGACGCAGCGUCAACUGGCUGAUAUUUCAUCAGAGCUGAAGACCAAGAGGUCCGCGGUGACGGAGGCGGAGGCUAACCUGCGUGCGGCCAAAGGCAGCUGUGACACCAUGGCAACCAAGGUGCAGGAGCACUGCCCCGACAUCGAGAGGCAGGAGGGCGAGGUCCGCAAACUGAACAAACGCUACGACAACCUCAACAGGCAGAUCGACGACACCAGAUCUCAGAGCCUGCAGAGGGCUAAGACGUCCUACAGCAACUACCACAGUGAUUACGACAACCAACAACUGGCUGUCCGCGUGCCAAACUAUGAGCCAACUGAGAAAGACAACCUCAGUCAGGUGGAACCAAGCUGGAACCAGAAGUCAAAGUCCUCUACCUCUAUUGAACUGCUCUCCGACAUUAAAAAGAAGGAGUCUGAGUUGAACAACGUAUCGAAAUGCUCAACUUUACAGCAAGCCGUCAAGGACUAUGAGAAUGAUACUGAGAAGUUCAAGUCUAUUCUGGACCUUGAAGACGGGCUGGUCCCUCAGACCUACAAGAGAAGCAGACUGGAGUCCCCUGCACUCAGGGUCAAGGAAGAGGAAUCUGCCAUUGAAGCUAAAUUCACCGAAGUGAAUGCAGUUAACAAGCAAAGGAUGGCGAAUCUGCAGUUUGCCCAAGGCCUUAUGAAUCAGCAAUCAGACGUGAUCGUCAGCAACAAUGUCCAGCAAGUCAAAUCUGCCGCUCCCGGAGAAGAAGCCUGGAGGAUCGAGAGUCAACUGAAAGACGAGAUCCAGAGGAGGGAGCAGCUGGAGAAGGAUCUAGAGAAAAUCCARACGGACAUCUACAUGUUGGAGGGUCAGAAGCCGGAGGACACCGUCGUCAAGAAGGAGAUCAUCAAGAAGGUUCCGGAUCCUACUCUGGUCGACGAGGUCCACAAUGUCCGUCAGAAACUGUCAGACGAAACCCGGGUCACCCGGGCCAUGGACAACGAGCUGGAGGCGUUGAGGCUGAAGCUGCGCGGCAUCGAAACAGAGAUCAAAGAAGGAGCACAGCAGUACACUGUGAAGGAGGUGCUGCGUAUCGAGAGGGACCGCGGCCAGGAGGAGGAGGUGAGGAGGCUCAGGGAGGAGCUGGAAGAGCUGAGGAGGAAGAAGACCAUCAAGGACAAUGAGGUGAUCCAGAUCACCAAGCAGGUGACGCUCCUGGCACAGCAGAAGUCCAAGGAGCAGGAGGUGAUCACAGAGGAGGAGGUGAUUAAAGUGCAGAAYGACCCACAACUGGAGAAYGAGUACCGCAUCCUCUUGGACAGGAAGCAGAAGGAGCAGGAGGCCAGGAAGCAACUGGAGGACGAGCUGCGCUUCCUCCAGGACAAGCUCCGCAGGCUGGAGAAGGAGAAGUCCAUGGCCGAGGAGAAGAUCUCCAUCAAGGAGGUGCUGAAGGUGGAGAAGGAUAUCGCCUUUGAGAGGGAGGUAGAGAAUCUCAGGAUGCAACACGAGGAUGAGAAGUCCAAGCACCGGUCUUCCCAAAGGGAGCGCGCCGACCUCCAGAGGAAGAUCUCCAGCCUAGAGGAGGAAAAGUCAAGGGUCAUAGUUCAGGAGAAGGUGAGGGAGAUCGUCAGGCCUGACCCCAAGGCUGAGGCUGAAGUGGCCAACCUACGCAUGGAACUGGUGGAGCACCAGAGGAGAUACAGAGAYGCCGACCAGCAGCUGAAGUCCCACCAGGACGAGCUGAAGAUGCUGAGAAACAGAGGUCCGCAGAUCGAGAUCAAGGAGAUCAUCAAGGAAGUCAUCAAGUACAAGACGGACCCGCAGACCGAGAGGGAGCUGGAGAAACUCCGYAACGAGAUUGUGGACAAGACGCACCAGACGGAGAAGUCAGAGAUGGAGAUCAGGCAGCUGAGGGACGAGAUUCAGCGGUGGAAGGACACCAAGCCCCAGGUGCAAAUUAAAGAGGUGGUUAACGAGGUGCUGGAGUACAAAGAAAACCCCAAGACCAAGGAGGAGAUUGAGAUCCUGAAGAGGAAGCUGGCGGACGAGCAGAAGAAACGCCUGGACCUGGAGAGGGAGCGAUCAGCUAAUGAGGAGAAGAUCCGGCUAAGRAAGAUCGACCURUCCCAGGUCAGGGAGAAGGUGGUCCAGCAGGAGGUGGUUAAGAUUGARGAGGACCCAUUACUGAGGUCAGAGUGCAGCACCUUCACACAGAACAUCAACAAUGAACAGAGGCAGAGGGAGACCCUGAAAGAGGAGCUCAUCCAACUUCAGAGGCAGAAGGCCAACCUGGACGCACAGCUGGAGGAGCUGGAGCGAGAACGCCGAGCUAGGCGCGAUGCAGAGCUGGAGAUCCAGAGGCUGAGGGUCAGGCUGAACGAGAUGGAGGUCAGGGACAAAGAGAACAGGGAGAGGGUCACAGUGAAACAGAUGGUGGUUCUCCAGCAGGAUCCCCAGCAAGAGAAAGAGCACUCCAUCCUCAAGCUGCAGGUGGAGGAGGAGAGACACAAGCGCACCYUGCUGGARAAGGAGCUGAAUGUCCUGCUCCAGCAGCAGGUCACCCUGGAGAGGACSGUGGUGAAGGAGAAGGUGGUGCGCACCGAGACCAUCCAGGUAGAGAAGGACCCGGAGGCUGAGCUGGAGAUCGAGAAGAUGACGAGGACGCUGGAACAGGAGAAGAGGAGGAGGCUGGAGCUGGACCAGGAGCUGGGCAGCCUCAAGUCCCGCCUGUCCGACAUGGAGUUCACCA